AUGCCCAAGGAUGCCUCGCACGCCGGGCUGAAGGGCAAGCAUGCAGUGUCCCUACGUCAUCUGCAGAUGAUGAGCAGCUGUCUCAGUGUCUCAAGCCCCGUCGGGGAAACGACGGGAGAAGCGGGCAUAGGCAGCGCUGACGUUCUGUGCAUGCAGACUCCCUGUGCGGCAUCCACCGUGGAGCCCUCGCGUGAUGGCGGUGGCCCUCGAUUCCAGUGCCACUCGUCUCGACUGCUGAGCCUGCAGCCCCAGGGGCCUGGCACCUCCGAGUCCCGCCCCCCGUGGCCGGGGCGUCCUCAGCCGCCAGGCGGACUUAAAGCGGAUGGACAGGCCUGUGUCCCAGACCUCCACGGGGCGCCGCAGGCUCCGCUGAGGCCUGGUUGUCUCUGCCAGCCCGAUGACGUCACUCAGUUGGACGCUCCACAUGAGGAGGCAUCCGGAUACACUGGGACAUCGGGCCCCAGAACCACCUUAGGAAACGGGGUCUGGUGGCCAGAGGGCUUUACGAAGGGCUUUGAGGAGGAGGCGACGGCUGUGCUCAGGGCUGUGUGGGAGGUGGUUCCUGGAGACAAGGUCACCGAGGACGGCCCCAGGGUGGCCCGUGGCGGCCCCAGGGGGUCUGUCGCUCAGGGCCUGCCGGCACCAGACAGGAAGGACGGUCUGGGGCAGGUGGAGUCAGCGGAUGAGGAAAAUGCAGCAUCUUCCCUCCCUGGCCUUGAUCUACUGGGGUCUCAGAGGGGCAGCCCUGACCCUAAUGGGAAAGCCGAGGGCCCUGAGGGUGACCGUCGGGUGACACUGGUGGAAGCUGGGGCGAGGCCCGGCGGGCACCGCAGGCCUCCUGCUGCUCUGCCAGAGACCCUGGCACUUCCUCAGACCCCGUGGCCCCUGCCCGUUCCCGCACACGGUGACGAGGAUACGACCCAGCCCAGCCUCAGCAGGGCUGUUGCUGCCGUCGGUCGGGAGCGCCGGGUGUCAGAGAAGCCCGCCGCCCUGCGUCAGCAUAAGCACCCUUCUUGCUGGAGUGGCUGGGGCAGGCAACAUCUGUGUCCCCAGGUGAAUGGGGGCGGGGGGACACAGCAGGCCGGGCCCAGCGGGGCCAGGUGGGCGGGCUCCUCCUCCCCGAGCGCGGGUGCAGGUGCCCGUAGCUACACAAGAGGGGAGGCUCGGCCCAUGGAAAGUGGAGCCCUCAGAUGUGAGGACCAGGGGGCGGCGUGGUCAGCAGGGCCCCUAACUGCAGAGCUGCAGAGGAAGCGGCUCUGGGCCACGUGA